CCGCGUAUUGCGUGUGGUUCGAGAUUAUAUUUUUAAUAGGAAGAAGAAAUAGUAUUGCAUUUAGGUUUUAAUACUAUAUUGUGGCGUGCCAAGGCUGCAACUGUGACCUCUCUUCAUUUUCCUUGUGCGGAGAAUCUGAAAAUAUUCAGAAGAAACAUACUUGGGGUAUUCUCGGGUGAGAGAAUCCGUGUCAAAUACAAAAGAGACUCCGGAGACUCAACAUCUUGUGGGACACUGACAUGGGCGGGAAAAUUCUGUUACUCGUUUGCAUUGUGAUGGCUGUUGGGGUCAUCCAAGCUCAAUUGUCACAUAAAGGAGGCAACUGUCCCUUGAGGAAUACAGUAUCCCGCUGCCAACCAAAUUGUGUAAGCGACCACCAGUGCCCAUCCAAUGAGAAAUGUUGUUCCAACAAAUGUGGGUCUAUGUCCUGUGCUGGACCUAGUGCGGUAAACACGGGCUCUGACGGCGGCUACAAAAACUCUGGUCGAGAUACUGGAGUUUUUUGCGGUGGUAUCAAGUGCAGUCCCUACGAGAAAUGCGAGAUGGAUAGGACAACAAAACGUGAGAGAUGCGUUCGUACAUGAGGCACAGAUAAUUUGACCAUUUUUCCGUUUAUCAAUCGUCAAUCGAAUAGCCAUUAUAUAAUCAAUACCUGGUCUGUUAUAUUUUGCAUGGAAAAUAAACUAGGAAUAUUUUAAA